AAGGAGAGGAGGACAGCAGCGAUGCCCGACUCCCCAGCCGAAGUGAAGACGCAGCCCCGGUCCACUCCUCCCAGCAUGCCGCCGCCACCACCUGCAGCGGCCCAGGGAGCCUCGAGACACCCCUCCUUCACGCCCCACACACAUGGAGAAGACGGACCUGUGACGUUUCUGCCCUAUGGCCGCUAUCAUGGCUGCCUAAAAUGGUCCAUGGUCUGUCUCUUGAUGAGCGGUGGCAGCCAUUCACCGACGACCAUCAACGGUGCCCCGUCCACGCCCAAUGGCUUCAGCAAUGGCCCAGCCACCUCAUCCACGGCUUCCCUGUCCACACAACACCUGCCUCCGGCCUGUGGCGCUCGGCAGCUCAGCAAACUCAAGCGUUUCCUCACCACCCUGCAGCAGUUCGGCAGUGACAUCUCCCCAGAGAUCGGGGAGCGGGUGCGCACCCUGGUGCUGGGGCUCGUGAACUCAACGCUGACCAUUGAGGAAUUUCACUCCAAGCUCCAGGAGGCCACCAACUUCCCCCUGCGGCCAUUUGUCAUCCCCUUCCUGAAGGCCAACCUGCCUUUGCUGCAGCGGGAACUUCUGCACUGUGCCCGCCUGGCCAAGCAGACCCCCGCCCAGUACCUGGCUCAGCAUGAGCAAGUUCUGCUGGAUGCCAAUGCCUCUUCCCCCAUCGACUCCUCGGAACUCCUGCUGGAAGUCAACGAGAAUGGCAAGAGAAGGACCCCCGACAGGACCAAAGAGAACGGGUCAGACCGAGACCCACUGCACCCUGACCUCAGCAAACGGCCAUGCACCCUGAGCCCUGCCCAGCGCUACAGCCCUAGUAAUGGGCUGCCCCACCCCACCCCACCCCCACCGCAGCACUACCGCCUCGAGGACAUGGCCAUGGCCCACCACUUCCGGGACUCCUACCGCCGUCCUGAAGCCCGGGAGCUACGGGAACGCCAUCGGCAAGUUGUGGUGCAUGGAUCCCGGCAGGAGGAGAUCAUCGACCACAGGCUAACAGAGCGCGAGUGGGCAGAGGAGUGGAAACAUCUUAACAGUCUCCUAAAUUGUAUCAUGGACAUGGUGGAGAAGACGCGACGCUCGCUGACCGUGCUGCGCCGUUGCCAGGAGGCUGACCGCGAGGAACUCAACCACUGGCUUCGGCGCUACAGUGACGUCGAUGACCCGAAGAAGACCUCUCCGCCUGCCCCCCGCCCCCUCAGCAGCUCCACCGAUGGCCCUCCAGCAGAUACCCACCGUGAGUUUGUGCCCAGAACCCUGUCCGGCUACAUGCCCGAGGAGAUCUGGAGGAAGGCUGAGGAGGCGGUGAAUGAGGUGAAGCGACAGGCCAUGUGUGAGCUGCAGAAAGCCGUGUCUGAUGCUGAGCGCAAAGCCCACGAACUCAUCAGCACAGAGCGGGCCAAGAUGGAGCGGGCACUGGCUGAGGCCAAACGGCAGGCCUCAGAGGAUGCGCUGACUGUGGUCAACCAGCAGGAAGACUCCAGCGAGAGUUGCUGGAACUGCGGACGCAAGGCCAGUGAAACCUGCAGCGGCUGCAAUGUUGCCCGCUACUGUGGCUCCUUCUGCCAACACAAGGACUGGGAGAAACACCACCACGUGUGUGGCCAAGGCCUGCAGGGCCCCACAGCUAUGGGCACCAACCCUGGCCCCGGGCAGCCCGAGGACACCGCUGGCCUGGGCCCCACCCUACCCAUGGGCUCAGCUAGCCCCAGCGAGACCGGCUCUGGAGGACCCUCCCGCCCCGGGUCCCCUGGCCCGCCUGGCCCACUGGAUGCCGCGCCCCGCUGA